GCGGACAGACCUAAUAACAACGAUCGUCACUGUGUAGAAAUGAGAGAGUUUAAUAACUACAUGUGGGAUGAUUCGUCUUGUACUGCUACAAAACGGACGUUAUGUCAAAUAGGAAUUCCUGCCUGCGGUGACCCAGGUGAACCUUUGCAUGGCUAUCGUUUACCAGACGAUAGAACAACUUACUCUGUCAAUGCUACUCUUCAUUUCACCUGUCAGGAGGGCUAUACAUUAUCAGGAGAAAGUGUUUUAAGUUGUAUGAAUAGUGGAGCAUGGAAUCAUCAAAGACCAUCGUGUGAAUCUGUCGAGUGUGAGGGAAGCCCACCAGAGGUCGCCCUUGCAUCCACCAUGAUACUAGGAUCAGCGUAUCAAGAUAUAGCUCUAUACACCUGUCAAGAUGGUUAUAUUCCUGAUAAUGAACCAAUCAGCUUCUGUCAGCAUUCAGGCACAUGGAGUACCCCUAAAUUUACUUGUUCAGCACUCAGCCCGUGCUCCAGUAACCCCUGUUUUAAUGGAGGGACCUGCACCGUGAAUGGAUCAGCGUUCACAUGUACAUGUCCUUCAAGUUACACUGGUCCAACGUGUGAAGAAGAGUUCAGCCCGUGUAACAGCAGCCCCUGUAUGAAUGGAGGUACUUGCUCAGACGUAGAUGAAUCGUCAUUCAGCUGUACAUGUACACCAGGCUACAUUGAUCCAACGUGCAAUGAAGAGAUAAUGCUUACGACGCCAAUCACCUUUACUACGCAAGCUACUCCGCAAAGCACAGAAUCACAAACAGAAUCAAAUUCCGCUGGAGGUUCUUCAAGUUCCAUAGCAACUGUCAUAGGAAGCGUUGUUGGUGCUAUUCUUGGGAUUGUUAUCAUUAUAGUUCUCAUCAUCAUCUUUUACAAGCGAAGAAGCAAUGAAUCAGCCACUACUAAGUCUAAAGGGAAGGAGUCCGAUUCGUCUCCGCAGUAUGAGAACCCUGUAUUUGAUCAGUCACAGACAGACGCCCAUACCUACCAAGACCUGAAUACUAUCACCCAUACCUACCAAGAUUGUAAUACCGAUGUUCGGAGCUACGAUGAUAAUGUCGACCCUCAUACCUACCAAGAAGCUAACUACGAAGAAGUGAAUGAUGCCAAAGAGAAAAAUUAUGUCAACGAUACUAUGAUAAAACAAAAUAAAGUGUUAUUGGGCUGAUUAAGAAUUGAAUACAUGAGAAGAAGAUAGAUCCAAGUCCAUCAUAAUAAUUUUGAUUUUAAAAAAAAAGGUUGUUUAUAAAUUUGAGAGACAAAAUAUUUUCAGUCUUAAUUCAUUGCAUAAUAUAUGUCCAUGUAUCAAUUAUUCCGUGAAGAUGAAACCAUGUUUAAAAAUUAUAAUGAAAUAUUAACAUUUAUCUUAAAAACUGGAGAGAAAAUAUCUAUGCUGAUGCACUUGGGCGCUUCCUCUCGUGUAUCCAAAUAGAAUACAAAUAUCCUCUUCAUUGAAAUUUGUUUCCUAUUGUUAUUUUCUGAAUAAUGUAAUUGAUGCAUAAGGAAGAAAAGUUAUCAAAAAAUAUCAUGACUUCUUUUCAUCCUGUGCUCCUCCUUCGUUUUCACAAUGUCUACUCGUGUUAUUCCCAGAAACCUUGAUAUCGACGAUCAGUAGAAAGAUUCUCUGUAAAAUACCAUGUUGGCAGUAGUCUGAUACAUUUGGGUAAAUAAGUUGAAGACCUUAGGUCCCAUCAAAACGUGAAAGUCAGGGUACGGGACUAGUUUCUUUAAAUGGAUUCAUGUAUACUGAUCUUCCGUCAUUGCAGUACCGUCAUUUUUUUAAUAAUGUGAUUGAUGUAUAACAAAAACUCUUACAUCAUGGAGCAACAAAACAUGAUUUUAUUUCGAAAACUGAAUUCAUUUUUCUAUCUGCAGAGGUAUCUAAUGAAACCGAUUUUAGAAAUAUAAGAUAUGUUUGGAAUGAUUCGAUGCAGGUACAAAUACAAAGGACAAUUUAUUUAGUCAUCUGUAUACACGUAUGCCAUAAAGUACGAAAGCAUAUUUCAUCAUGUUAAUAGUGUUUUGAGAUAUCGGUAAGAACGCUUUUAUAUUAUACUGUUCCUUUUUAUAUGUAUUGAUUGCUAUCUUUAACGCCUGUUAUUGCUGGUGGAAAACAUUUUUUGACAUCAUGUAAAAGAAUGAAUAUACCAUCAAAUAUUUGUAUUAUUAGCAUAAUUAUUGUUCAUAUUAUUACUAUUAUUGUUAUUAUUAUUACUACAACUACUAUUACUACUAUUACUAAUACUACUACUUCUACUAAGCAGUGGAAUUCAAGUUAAUUAAUAAGUUGUUAUGGUGUAAACGCUGAAUUUAAAUAUAAAAAUGUAAAAGACAUAGACUAUGCACAAUGAAACCAACGUGAAAGCAUUGUGUUAUGUCAGGAUGGAUGUUUAGGUAAAAAUGUAAAUACAUGUAUAUAGUAGAAUUAAAAGGCAAGUAGUAGAAUUAGACGAUGCAAUCCAAAUCAGCAUUAGUAUAUUACCAUAUGAGUAGAGGAUGUUUGAGCACAAAUACAUGUGAAUAGUUAUAGCAAGAAUCAUAGAACACACCAUAAGCAAACAUCAAGGAAUAUUAACAAUAAAGAAUACAAAAUGAAAAACUGA